AUGCGCGCCGGAUGGGCGCCUCUGACAUCGUCCGUGAUCCCACCCAGCUCUCCUGGAAGGUCACAGGCGGACCCCGGACAAAUCCUGACACAUGAAACACGGCGAGCGCGUGACGCCCCAGCUCGGCUGCCCCUCCCGCUACGACCCAGCGCUUUGGGCCCUGGGUCCUCCCUCUUCUCGCGCCCCCUGGGUCUCUUAGCGCGACCCCGUGGCCCCCUCGCCCCCUGCCCGCGGCGUCGGCGCUGGGGGCUCGCGGGGGUCCGGGGCGCGCGCCGAGCGCCCUCCCUGCACCUGCACCGAGAUCGCGGGGCGCAUGCGCGGGCCGCGGAGGGCGGGGGCCGAGCCGGGAGGGGUCCUGAGGGCCCCGCGCCCCCACGCCGGCGCUGGGGAUCCGGCAUCGGAGCGCGGGGACCCGCUGGGCUGCGGGCGGCGUGGGCAUCGGACCCCGCUCUGACCGCGUCCCCGCGCCGCCAGCCCGUGCGGCCCCGGUCGCAGCGCCCGGAGGCCGAGGAGGAGGAGCAGGAGGACGAGGCGCUUCGGGGUCCGGCGGCGCGGCCCCAGGUCCGAGCGCUCACCGGCGGCACGCGCGGGAGCGCAGGGCCCUGGCGGGAGGCGCCCGGCCGGCAGUCCCACGGAGCGCCCGUUCCGGGCCGGGACCCCGGCCGCGACCCCCGGCCGCACGCUCGCUCGUCCCCGGCCGGCCUCGCGGAGGCUCGGCUGCUCCGUCGCCCUCCGGGGGCGCCCGCGCCGCCCCCGGCCGGCCGCGGUGCAGCGCCCGAGUGUGCCAUCGGGCGGGCGCGGGGGCGGCGUCUGCUCCCACCCUCGAGAUCACAUGGUGACCCUCGGCAGCCAAUGCAGUGGACGCUAGGACCCUGCGGGACCCCGGGCGCCGCGACUGCACCGGCGCCGCUGCAUUAUAAAUACUUCUCCAAAAUGCGGCGCAGCUCCCUGCGCGCGCCCCGGCCGCCCGCCGCCUCCGCCCCGCGCUCCUGA